ACCUGUGAGCAGCCGCCCCUGAGUUUGCGAAGGAUUGCAAUUCACGCAUCUCUUCCGUGCACAGCUGGCGGCAGUAGCUCCAUUCCGGGGCCCCGCCCGCCCGGGAAGCGAGGAGAAACCCCGGCCGAGCCCUUCCUCGCCCUUCCCUUUCCCUCACCGCCCAGAGAGACGGUGAUGACCCCCAAGCCAGCCGGACCCCCGGACGGGGGCUGGGGCUGGGUGGUGGCGGCCGCAGCCUUCGCGGUGAAUGGGCUCUCCUACGGGCUCUUACGGUCCCUGGGCCUUGCCCUCCCUGACCUCGCCGAGCACUUUGACCGAAGCGCCCAGGACACUGCGUGGGUCAGCGCCCUGGCCUUGGCCAUGCAGCAGGCAGCCAGCCCAGUGGGCAGCGCCUUGAGCACACGCUGGGGGGCGCGCCCGGUGGUGAUGGUUGGGGGAGUCCUUACUUCGCUGGGCUUCGUCUUCUCGGCUUUCGCCCAAAGCCUGCUGCACCUCUACCUCGGCCUGGGCCUCCUCGCGGGCUCCGGCUGGGCUCUGGUGUUUGCCCCUGCCCUUGGUACCCUCUCCCGUUAUUUCUCUCGCCGUCGGGUCUUGGCUGUGGGGCUGGCACUCACUGGCAACGGGGCUUCCUCCCUGCUUCUGGCGCCUGCCUUGCAGCUCCUCCUUGACACUUUCGGUUGGAGGGGCGCCCUGCUCCUCCUUGGCGCUGUCACACUCCACCUCACCCCUUGUGGCGCCCUGCUGCGACCCCUGGCCCUUCCUGGUGACCCCGCGGCUCCACCCCGCAACCCCUUAGCUGCCCUUGGCCUGGGUCUUUUCAAGCGCCGGGCCUUCUCUGUCUUUGCUCUGGGCACAGCUCUGGUUGGGGGUGGGUACUUUGUUCCCUACGUGCACCUGGCCCCACAUGCUUUAGACCGGGGCCUGGGGGGAUACGGGGCAGCUUUGGUGGUGGCUGUGGCUGCAGUGGGGGAUGCGGGAGCCCGGCUGGUCUGUGGGUGGCUGGCGGACCAGGGCUGGGUGCCCCUUCCGCGGCUGUUGACAGUGUUUGGAGCACUGACAGGGCUGGGACUGCUGGCAGUGGGACUGGUGCCGGCGGUGGGGAGCGAGGACGACUGGGGGGGUGCCCUGCUGGCUGCAUCUGGGGCCUACGGGCUUAGCGCUGGAAGUUACGCCCCACUGGUUUUUGGUGUGCUCCCGGGGCUGGUGGGCAUCGGAGGUGUGGUGCAGGCUACUGGGCUGGUGAUGAUGCUGAUGAGCCUCGGGGGACUCCUGGGCCCGCCCCUGUCAGGCUUCCUAAGGGACGAGACAGGAGAUUUCACUGCCUCUUUCCUCGUGUGUGGCUCUUUCAUCCUCUCUGGCAGCUUCAUCUACAUGGGACUGCCCAGGGCCCUCCCCUCCUGCCGUCCAGCCUCACCUACAGCUACCCCUCCACUUGAAACAGGAGAGCUGCUUCGGGUGCCCCAGGUUGCUCUACUGCCCCCAGGAGGCCCUCACUCCACUCUGGACACCACUUGUUGAUCCUUUUCUUGUUUAAGCCCCUCCCCCAAAUAAAGAAUUUUUAUCUGAUUUUUC